AUUGUGGAUAGCAUCGGUUUGCGUCGGAGUCGAACUUAGUUAGUACUAUCUGUGAGUAGAAUGUGGAAGGUUGUAUCAGUGGUGUGCGCGGUUUUCGCAAGCGCGUGCGCAGCGCCGGCAGAAAUACAAAGCUUCGCGUCUAUAAACGAAUUCGCGUUGCAACUACUCGAAAACACUUACGCGUACCAAGACAAUUUUGGGAAGAAGAACAUCGCUAUAUCACCUUUGUCAAUAUGGAGCAUAUUCUCUUUAUUAGCCGAAGGAUCAUCUGGCGAAACGUUCUUGGAAUUAAUGAAAGGAUUAAAACUGCCGAGAGACUUGAGAACGACUCAAGCUUUGCACAGAGCUGUGAAUAAUCAAUUAAAGAGUAACAAAGAAGAUGUCACGUUAAUAGGACAAUCAGCUAUGUUCCCUGAUUGCUCUUUGGAGGUGUUGCCCGAAUUUUGUGAAGCAGCGACGUCUUAUAACACUGACAUUUAUGUGGUGGACCCAUCUAACACCACGAAACUAGCCCAUGAUAUUAAUUUGUACGUGUGCCUCGCUACGGAUGGGCUAAUCGCAAAUGCUGUAACUCCUGAGCUCUUGACAGAUUUAAGAAUGGUCCUGGUGGAUGCUCUUUACUUCAAAGCAAGCUGGACGUACCAAUUCGACCCGUCCCGGACAAAAGAGAGCUCAUUCUUCAACCUCCAAGGGAAGAACAUAGGAUCAGUGAACAUGAUGUACCAAAAAGCACCGCAUAAUAUUGCGUAUCCCGAACAAAUUGAGGCCCAAGUUUUGGAAAUGACUUACGGGAAGAACGGGCAGUAUUCGAUGAUGAUUUUAUUACCUUUCAACGGGGUUCCUACUAACAAAGUUUUGAAGAAUUUGGCUACCAAACCCAUGGAUUGGAUCGCUGAGUUAAGGGAAACUGGCAGUGGCACUGACGUGGAUUGUUUUAUCCCCCGUCUUAAAUUAUCGACUCGUCAGGAUAUGAUAACUCCGUUGCAGUACUCUGGUAUAGUUUCUAUAUUUGAUUCCAAGAAAUCCCAGCUGCCUGGUGUAGCAGACAGUCCUUUGUACGUCACAAAGACGAUUCAGAAUGUUGAGAUCGAAGUCACGGAGGAAGGGACUACGGCAGCAGCGUCAACCGUUGUAGGUUUGGAAAAUCGCAUUCUAGCGCAAAGGUUUGAAGCGAAUAGGGAAUUCAUAUUUUUAAUAAUGGAGAGAAGUUCAAAUGUAAUAUUAUUCGCUGGUGUCUACGGUGAGCCAUCUUUAGAUUGAUUGGUUUUGAAUAUUUGGAAUCUCGAGACGAUGUUUUCUGUGAAGUUGACUAAUUGUAUUAUGAAAAUAAAAACAGAAACAAAAUAAAAUGGACACGCUAUUUUGUUUCUAGAUUUUAUUUCACAUGUAGAUUAAUUUUAUUAUAACUUUAAGCAACAUUCCUGCCACUUAGAAACAUUAAUAAUUUUUGUUUGUAUCUACGAGUAUAAAUCUUUAGAAAGGAUUCGAAAUUGUUUCUUUUUAUUUAAUGUCUCUACAUGUGUUCGUUUUAUAAGUACUAAAACAAAUGUAAGUUAUGGUUGUGUUUCAAUUGUCAUUGCGAUUAAUUAUGGUCAAGUCAAGAUUACGCAUUUCAGA